AUGGCCCGGGUCCCCGAGCCGGAGGGCGCCGCCCCGCGCACGCAGCCUGCGCCCCAGCCGACCCCCGACGCCCGCGGGGUGAAGGCAGGUGAGCGCCCGGAGGAAAGCGCCGCGGACCGGGGGCGCCGGCCGGCGGGGUCCCCUCCGCGCGACUCGAGUGACCGCGGCUUUUCUUUAUCUUCCCUGACCUCAACAGAAAUGCAUUUCAGCAACGGCGGCGGCUUCUCCUCCGAGGAAGAGGACGCAGGCAGCCAGGGCAGCAAAGUCGAGGCCGCGGAGCAGCGCCUGUCCCCGCGCAGGACGGCGGCGCAGCUGAUGCGGGACAAGAAGCGGCAGGCGCAGCGCACGCUGCAGUGGCUUGAAGAGAAUUACAUCGUGUGUGAAGGCGUCUGCUUACCACGGUGCAUCCUUUAUGCGCACUACCUGGAUUUCUGCAGGAAAGAGAAACUGGAGCCAGCCUGCGCAGCCACCUUUGGGAAGACAAUUCGGCAGAAAUUUCCCCUCUUAACAACACGACGGCUUGGAACAAGAGGCCAUUCAAAGUAUCAUUACUAUGGGAUUGGCAUCAAAGAGAGCAGUGCGUAUUACCACUCCGUUUAUUCUGGGAAGGGCCUCACAAGGUUUUCUGGGAGCAAGCUGAAGAACGAGGGUGGUUUCACUCGUAAAUAUUCUCUUAGCUCAAAAACAGGAACACUUCUUCCAGAAUUUCCCAGCGCUCAACACCUUGUAUACCAAGGAUGUGUUUCUAAGGACAAGGUUGACACCCUCAUAAUGAUGUACAAGACUCACUGCCAGUGUAUUCUGGACAACGCGAUCAAUGGGAACUUUGAAGAGAUCCAGCAUUUCUUACUACACUUUUGGCAAGGAAUGCCUGACCAUCUCCUUCCCCUGCUUGAAAAUCCUGUGAUUGUUGACAUUUUCUGUGUCUGUGACUCCAUCCUUUAUAAGGUUCUUACAGAUGUACUCAUCCCUGCAACAAUGCAAGAAAUGCCUGAAAGCCUGUUAGCAGACAUAAGAAAUUUCGCUAAAAAUUGGGAACAGUGGGUUGUUUCAUCCUUGGCAAACUUGCCGGAAGCCCUAACUGACAAGAAAAUACCCAUUGUGCGGAGAUUUGUGUCCUCCCUGAAGCGACAGACAUCAUUCUUACAUCUCGCUCAGAUUGCCAGACCAGCUCUCUUUGAUCAACAUGUUGUGAAUUCUAUGGUUUCUGAUAUUGAAAAAGUUGACUUGAAUAGUAUUGGAUCUCAAGCUCUUCUUACAAUUUCGGGCAGCGCAGACACUGAAUCUGAUAGCUACAGUGAACACGAUUCCAUCACUGUGUUCCAAGAACUGAAGGACCUGCUGAAGAAGAAUGCCACAGUGGAGGCUUUCGUCGAAUGGCUGGAUACUGUGGUGGAACAGAGAGUUAUUAAGACCAGCAAACAAAAUGGAAGAUCAUUAAAAAAGAGAGCUCAAGAUUUUCUGCUGAAGUGGAGCUUUUUUGGGGCUCGAGUAAUGCAUAAUCUCACCCUGAACAACGCUUCCAGUUUUGGCUCUUUUCAUCUGAUCCGAAUGCUUCUGGAUGAAUACAUUCUCCUGGCCAUGGAGACUCAGUUUAAUAAUGACAAAGAGCAAGAGUUACAGAAUUUAUUGGACAAGUAUAUGAAGAAUGCAGAUGCAAGUAAAGCUGCCUUCACUGCCUCCCCAAGUUCCUGCUUCUUGGCCAGCCGCAGUAGGGGAAGCUCAGUUUCUAGUGAGGCAGUGAAGAACGAAAGCCACGUGGAGACAGCCUGCCUUCCCCUGCCUUCUGGCCAGGCUGGAGGCCUGCCCCCUGCUCUGCAGCCCUUCCCUGCUGGGGCCCCGGACAGCAUGCAGCUCUCAGGUCCAAUGGAGCUUCCACAGAGCAGUGGUCCCCUGAUGACACCGCCCAUUUCCCCAGCCCUGGCCAGCCGAGGAAGUGUAAUUAACCAGGGCCCGAUGGCAGAGGGGCCCCCGAGUGUGGGUGCUGGGCUCCCGGUGCCCUCUCACUGCUCCUCGUACCCCGAGGCCAUUUACCCUGCCCUCCCCCAGGCCUCCCAUGACUUCUACGGGCCCAGCUCCAGCUACCAGACUAUGUUCAGGGCCCAGCCCCAUACCCCCCCAGGACUCUGCCCUCGUGCAGAGCAUGGCCGCUACAUGGCGUGGACAGAACAGCAGCUCUCCCGAGACUUCUUUGGUGGCAGCUGUGCUGGGUCUCCGUACAAUUCCCGGCCACCCUCCAGCUACGGGCCAUCUCCGCAUGCCCAGGAGUCACACAGCAUGCAGUUCGUCAACACAGGAAGCUUCAACUUCCUGAGCAACGCUGGGACUGCCAGUUGCCAAGGCGCGACACUGCCUUCUAAUUCACCCAACGGGUACUAUGGAAGCAACAUCAGCUACCCAGAGCCUCACAGGCUGGGACCCAUGGUGAACCAGCACGUCUCUGUCAUCAGCAGUGUGCGCUCCUUGCCUGCCUACAGCGACAUCCAUGACCCACUUAACAUCUUGGAUGAUGGCAGCAGGAAGCAGACUGGCUCCUUCUACACAGACACAUCAACUCCAGGUGCAUGUCGGACCCCAGUAGUAGCUUCCAACUUGCAAACCCCAAUUCCUUCCUCUUCAUCCCAGUGUAUGUAUGGGACUUCCAACCAGUAUCCGGGGCAAGAGGCCCUGGACUCUCAUGGAGCAAGCAGUAGAGAGAUUGUGUCCUCUUUACCACCCAUCAACACUGUGUUUAUGGGAACAGCAGCCGGAGGCACCUAAACCAACCAUAUCAAGUGGAGUUGAGAUUUUAAACACCUCUGCAGUGCAGUUCACUCAGACUUCGAUGGAAUUGAGGAACAUGGUGGACUCAGCAGGCAGCUGGACAUUGUCCUUUGUGUCAUUCCUGCUACAGAUAACUCCACAGUGGAUGGAGAUGCUUGUGGUUGCCUUGACACACAUAGUUUAAAAUGUUAUCUCCUUGUUAAUCAUAGUUUUAAACACUAUCAAAGCAGUGGAGAUUUAAGAUGUAAACAUUUCAACUACAAGGAUUUACUAUUUUGCUCUUUAAUUUAUUGAAAAUCUGUAUGUUCCUUCCUCUUUGGUCUCUAAAAAAGAAAAAAGAGUGUAUUUAAUGUCUUUACAAUACCUUUAAUUUAUUAGGCUCUGAGAAUCAUUGUUUACUAUCUCUUGCUUGUUUGACCAAAAGUCAGAAGUGUAUGUUCUACCUCCUGUGGAAAUGUUUACAACGUCCACUUAAUUGGUUUCACCCCAGAGCAAAGUGGCUUGACUCUCAAUUCCUGGACACAAGUGGGAUGAUUCGUGUUACAUAGCAGUAGCCUAAUUCUGUGUAACUAAACAGAGAUGGCAAUGUUUUCCCUGUAUUUAAAAAGGUGAGAAUAAAUAAAAUAAAUAAUGUAUGGAAAUAUUUUUUAAA